AUUUUGACUAACACUGUUUCCUAAGCUGUGUGUUGUUCAAUGGAUAUUGAUCGGCUUUAACAAAGCUUACAUAUUUGAGAAGAAGCAAUGGCUUAAAAAGGAGAGAAACCAACGGCAGCUACAUACUCUUUCUACUUUAUUUCAUGCAAAAAUAUCCAAAAAGUUUAUAUAUUAAAAGUACUCUAAACUUAGGAAGCCUGCAAGUGAGAAUUCGUCUAGAUUCUCUUCUCUUCUGUAAGUUCAUCAACGGUAAAGUUGAUUCUUGAGAGCAUGAUGGUGAUAAAUUCAGGAGAGAUAGUGAGUAUUAUUACUGGAGAGGAAUCGAGUAAUGUUCAGCAAGAAAGUCACCCGGUUUCAGAGGAGAAUGUAACUAUUACUAGAGGAAAUGUGUCUGAAGGGGAGAAGCAAUCCUAUGUGAUUGAUAUGAAAUGUGCAAGUGGUGGUGGAAGUACUAUGGAUUGGGAUAAAGAAAGAGUUUGUAGGAUCUGUCACUUGAGUUCUGAGGGAUUGGUAGAAAUCAAUUCCUCUACCUCUCGUACCGAUCUAAUUCGACUAGGUUGUGGGUGUAAAGAUGAGCUCGGCAUUGCACAUGCUUAUUGUGCUGAGGCCUGGUUUAAGGUAAAGGGAAAAAGAAUUCGUGAAAUUUGUGGGAAGGCAGCACAGAACAUUACAGUUGUUGGUACCAGUAGCAGGUUUAUGGAAGACUGGAUUCAAUGGAGAUAUACUGGUACCAGUAGCAGCUCAUCUGAUAGGGGUACUGAAAGUUGUUGGCGGAGAGAACUGUUUUGUUACUUUCUGAUGGCGUGCCUGGUGAUAGCUUUUGUGUUCCCAUGGUUUUUGCGAAUGGACAUGCUUUAAAGGUUAGGAAGCUCUCUGCUGUGUUGUUUUUCUGGGUGAAAAUGUAUCCGAGCAAGGAAGCUCUUUGUUGUGCCAUAAUAGCUUCGAUGACAUUCUUCAUAAUCGGUUACGGUGAGUUAUUUAUCUCUCAUACUUUAUUGUUUAUUUAUUUAUUUAUUUAUUUAUUUUGACAGUCUAAAUUACAAUGAAUAUAAAAAAUUUAUAAUUCAAUUUACAUAGGAAUUGAAUUUAUAUUAUUUUUCUUUUUAAGAAAAUUAUGAUUUAGUUAAUGUACUUUCAUAGAGAAAGUUUCAUAUAGAAGGCUACUAAGGAUAAGGAACCUAAAUCUCCAUCUAAGGCAACAAAAUCUUCAAAGAAAGCUUAAGCCAUUUCGGUUGUUAUUCGCUUAUGGUCUUAUUGUAUGUGAUUUAGAGGAUAUUUUGAUUCAUAAUGAGUUGUGUUCAUUGAUUUCUCAUUUUUUUUAUAUUUAUAGUAUAUAAUUUCUUUUUUCUCUUUGGAAACUUUUAGCUAUUUUUUGUUUUUUCUUUCAAUAUUACUUUUGCUUUAGUGUUGCCCGAGGACGUGCAAAAGCUAGGUGUGGAGGAAUUUGAUGAGCGUAUAUAUUAUAUAUUUUAGUCUAAUUAUACUUACUAUUUUUGCUGCAACUUUAUACCUAAUUUUGAAUUAUUAAUGUUUAUUUAUCAGUUAGGUAUAAUUGAUGCAAGUUUUGUGAAUAAAUGCUUUAAUUUGACUAAUUACCAGUAUUUUCAUAAUUCUGACGGUUGUUGUGUAAUUUAGGAAUUUUUUGGGCUGUACAUGUCCAAAUGUCGUGCUAUAGGACCCAUUUGAAGGUUAAGACAUACAUCUAUAACUUUUAUGAAGGUCUCAAAGUGAAAUGACAAUAUUUUGUGAGUCAAAAGCCGUAAUGAAAUCGAAUUACAAAGUCAGACUCGGGUUGGA